CUGCUCACCAGGCAUCAGAGAGGCAGUGGCUGGUCUGGGAGGAGGAACCAGUGACCCUUUUGCUGAGUGAGUGAAGGAUGGAGGAAGAGACUCAAUCCUACAGCCUCAGCCUCUGCAGUGGCAGCUGUUGUGACCGAGCUGCACCUCUUGUUUCCCUUGCAAAGUUUUGAGCUACCCCUACCCUGAUGUGUAUGUCGAACUCCCUAUGUUUGGCCAUGCAGUGAGUGCUGCAAGGCAGCUGCCCUGCUGCCCUGUCAGCAUCGCUGCCGGGGAAAUCUGCCUGUUGUGGCUCACCCUCGCUCCCGCUCCUCCCCAGCAGCCUGCCUGUGCCAGGAGUCAUCGAGGGAGCGUCGCCUCCACGAGGCAGCGUUGCCCCCUACCAGCCUGGCAGCAAGCUGCUCUGUGCCGCUUUUAUGUGCGCGUCCCUUCCCUCUAGGCUCUAGUCUAUCAGCUGGCGCUUCUACUGUUGCUGAAGGAUGGUGCUUUAGCAUUUCAAAGCACGGUGUAAAAAAAUGUCAGUCCGUGUGGCUUGGUAACUGGGACGUGGUGCUCCCAUGGAGCAAAGCCAGGGUCAUCCUGGUGUCACUGGGAAGUGAGAGGGUAGAUGAGUGUGGUAGGGAUGGGGGAGCUCUCUGGGCAACUAGGGGUGUGAAUGGCUCAGCUGCUGACCCAUAUAUAGUAAGAAAUAUAGCAUGGAGGACUCUGAAUUUACAGCACAUAGCAGUGUGUCUGGCCUGUCACUUUUCCAAGUUUUUUCAGUUCUUAAAAUGUCUUAUGAUGGCAGUGUAGAAAGAGAUUGGCAGCUCUAGACCCAUUUUGUGAGGGAGGAAGACAGAGGGAGGUUUAAUAACAAAGUUUUCUUUUAACUGUGAAGCAGCUCUUUUAGGUGGAAGUCUAAAUGCUUUCACCUAUUUCAGAGUUACCUGCUGCCUCCUGGGUAAGUUUUCCUAUCCCAGGAACACUGCUACUGACAGCACUUAAUGACUGAUCUCAGAUGGUGGGAAUGAGGAACCAGGGGACAUGGAGAGUGAUGGCUUCCCUUUACCCACUUGAUGCAGCCUCUCCUGGGUCUUUGCCUUUGCCAUGUCAAGGAGUCUUAAUGAUGUAUUCCCUCUCCUUUGCGUUCCCCACCUGUCAUCUUGCUAGGAUCUAACUACAGAAUGAACAUAGCAGCGGUGUUUAAUGCCCUGCUCGUGUCUGUCCUCGCUGCUGUGCUAUGGAAAUACAUUAAACUGCGAGAGCAUGUCUUUGUGGUUGAAGAGGAACUGGUCCUCACACGUCAAUCUCAGGAACUCUCUCAGGUUCAGAUUGACUACAAUGCAGCUCUCCAGACACUGGUGGAGGACGGUACCAGGAUGGUGUGUACCGGCAGGAUGCACACGGACCGCAUCUGCCGCUUCAGGUCCCUCUGCUACUCUACUGAGGCAGAGGAGUUUAUCUACUUUCACAGCAACUCUUCAGUCAUGCUGCCCAACCUGGGCUCCCGCAGGUUCCAGCCGGCUCUGCUCGACCUCUCCUCGGUCGAAGAUCAUAACACCCAAUACUUCAACUUUGUGGAGCUGCCAGCUGCUGCACUGAAAUUUAUGCCCAAGCCGGUCUUUGUGCCUGACGUGGCGCUCAUCACUAACAGGUUCAACCCAGACAACUUGAUGCACGUCUUUCAUGAUGACCUCCUUCCCAUCUAUUAUACCAUGCAGCAGUUCCCCGAUUUGGAUUUGGAGGCACGGCUCUUCUUCAUGGAAGGGUGGAGUGAAGGCGUUCACUUUGAUCUUUACAAGUUGCUGAGUAACAAGCAGCCGCUUCUCAGGGAGCAGCUUAAAACCUUGGGCAGGCUUAUCUGCUUUACGAAAUCGUAUGUGGGACUGUCCAAAAUUACCACUUGGUAUCAGUAUGGAUUUGUCCAGCCACAAGGGCCAAAGGCUAACAUCUUGGUUUCUGGUAACGAGAUCAGGCAGUUCACCAAGUUCAUGAUGGGGAAGCUGAACAUCAGUUUGGAGGAAAGCUCCAGUGAGGAGUACAUCAUAGUGUUCAGUCGAACGAUCAACAGACUUAUCCUAAAUGAGGCAGAACUAAUCCUGGCACUAGCCCAGGAGUUUCAAAUGAAAACCAUUACUGUCUCUCUGGAGGAACAUUCAUUUUCUGACAUCGUCCGGCUGAUCAGUAAUGCGUCCAUGCUGGUCAGCAUGCAUGGGGCCCAAUUAGUGAUGUCUCUCUUCCUGCCAAGAGGUGCCACGGUGGUGGAGCUCUUUCCUUAUGCUAUCAACCCUGAACACUAUACCCCUUACAAAACCCUGGCAACCCUUCCUGGCAUGGACCUGCAGUACAUUGCCUGGCAGAACACCGACAGGGAAGACACUGUUACCUACCCAGACAGACCAUGGGAUCAGGGCGGGAUUGCUCAUCUGGACAAAGCUGAGCAGGAGCGCAUCAUUAAGAAUACAGAGGUGCCGCGACACCUCUGCUGCCGCAACCCCGAAUGGCUCUUCCGUGCCUACCAGGACACAAAGGUGAACAUCCCUUCUCUCAUUCAUGUGAUCAGGCAGACUGUGAAGUCUAAGCCUGGGCCCAAGAAACAGAAGUGGUCCGGUGGCCUCUACCCUGGCAAGGUGAGGGAUGCCAAGUGCCAAGCCUCUGUCCAGGGCACAAGCGAAGCUAAACUUGCCGUGUCCUGGCAGAUCCCCUGGAACCUUAAGUAUCUGAAGGUCAGAGAAGUGAAAUAUGAAGUGUGGAUACAAGAGCAAGGGGAAAACACUUACAUGCCUUAUAUAUUGUCCCAUCAGAAUCACACCUUCUCAGAAAACAUUAAGCCUUUCACAAUAUACCUGGUGUGGAUACGCUGCAUCUUCAACAAAAAUCUCCUGGGACCUUUUGCAGAUGUGCUCUUGUGUAGUACAUAACCUGUUGCACUACCUGUACAGCUCUGCCCUGCUCUCCACUCCAUCUGUGGUUUAAAACUUACUGUCUUGUAGUUUGUAGAGGGCUGAAGAGGACUAGAGUGUACCAGUGCCUAAGUGUCCAUCUGAUUGCAUUUCAUGUGUGUUCUUUAAAUGGUAUUUAUUUUCAGUGAAUGUUUAAAAAGCAAAAACAAAAAUCCUGUUCUUCAGCGUAACUUGCAGAGGCUGUUACAUGCUGAAUACAAGUAAUUGAAAACAGAAUAGCAGUGAAUUGUGUGUAGCUUGGUAGUGAUUUGACUGUUUCUAUUGUGUGGUGAGUAUUUAAGUACAGCAUUAAACUGCAAUUAAUUCCAUGGCUAGGUGGGCAAUUUUCAUGAGCUUUUUUCAUUGUAAGUUAUUUUUUUCAAUAACUCUUGUCUGUACCCUUUGAGUUAAAGAUUUGGUACGAAAGCCUUCAUUAAACUGCUGUAAACCUC